AUGUGUUAUUGUAAUUAUAGCCCAGGAUAUCAGGAUGCAAACGGGGUCUGGAGGCCUGUUCACGCAAAUGGAUUGGCUGCAUUGCAUGCGUCCUCGACCUUUGUUUACCCCUUUUGCUGGUGCCCACAGGCUUUUGCUGGCGAGUAUCAUGAGACCAUCCUUUUUACAAUGGGCCCAGCUGCAAACGCCGACCACAGAAACCCUGGCAAGCUUGCUCUACGCUGCAGCACUGCUCACCCUGGCCUAGGCAUAUUUGGAUGCAAAUUCUUUGUUCCCCUUGAGGAGCUUACUAGCAAUGGUGCUCUCGGAAAUACCCUUGCCACGUUCAGCGCCACCACCGUGGCAACACAGCCCAUCACUGUCACUCCUACUAUUGCUUCCAACCAAAACAGCCCCUCUCCUGUCUUGUCAUCAUCCAGCUCAAGCUUGCUGCACGUGUUGGAUGUGGUUGUAUGGUCUUUGGGCACUUCUAAGCAUAAGCUUGAGCUCAAAUCCAAUGAUGGAUCACUGAAAAAGCGUCGCUCGCAGGUGCAGCCUUCGGCAUCAAGUGACAUUGGAGAUUUCUCCCCUCCUCACUGGGGAGUUCUGUCAUCAAAAAAAGCUGUUGCUCAGGAUGUCAUGUUCAAGGAGUCGUUUCUCCGCAAAAUAUCCUUACGUGGCACGUCGACCAUGGAAGAGUUCUUCCAGGGCGCCUCAGCACUCCCAACUGAAACCCUUCGAGCUCUUGAAGGUUGCUACAAGUCGGGAGAAGGUAUCACACUCUCGGAGUACAGGCAAACCACUGUACACUGCCUCGAGUGCGGCAAACUCUUCAGCAAACUCACCCAUGGUCAGCAUGUUUGUUUUACGGUCCAGAAACCAAUUACGUGCUGCAAGACUGCGAAGGAGGUGGCUGUCAAAAGCGAGAAGGGAAAAGGCAAGGACAGAGUUGCUUAUAUUCCUGAUAUUUUUACAAGCACUCCGUUAACUACAGAAACCAUUGAAAUCUUGGAUUCCGAUUAG